ACAGUUUUCCUUCAAAAUGUCUCUCAUUCCCACAAAACUGCGCUCCACUUUGCCUGUUUCUAUGGGCAUAUCGAUCUGGUUUGUUUUCUGAUAUUUAAGGACUGUGAGAUAAAUGCCCUUGAUAAUCAAAUGUCCACACCACUAAUGAAGGCUGUACAGAGCUGGGAGACAGAGAUCGUGUCUGUCCUACUUGAUCAUGGAGCAGAUCCCAAUAUCAAAGACUGCAACGGAGAAGCAGUGAUCCACCAUGCAGUGUAUGUAGACAGGCCAGAUAUUGCCAGCAGUCUUCUUGAAUUUGGGGGAAACAUUGAAGAUACUACAAAGGAUGGGUUGACCCCUCUGCUGCUAGCACUCCGAGAAAGAAAACCCCGCAUGGCAGCAUACCUAAUCACACACGGUGCGAAUCUUCACGCAUCUGAUCAAUAUCUAAGAACAACACUCAUGUAUGCUGUUAGAUGGGAUUGUGAAAAUAUGGUUGAAAUUUUACUGAAGAAAGGUGUUGAUCACCAGUUAAAGGACACAUUUGGAUGGAGUGCUCUUUAUUAUGCCAUUAUGGGGAAACGCAAAACAAAAAUGGUGAUUAUUCAGCACAACUUACUUCUCUGGAGACAACAAAAUACCUUCACAGGAAAUCAGCCUGAAGAUGUCUUUUCUUCAGGGUAAGAUUUUAAGGUCUUUGAAUAUGAAUGUUAACUUAUAAUAAGAAGCAGAAAAAAGAACUAAUGUUUAUUGAAUAUUGUGUUCUUCACUGAUUCCAUCUGAUUUAUUUAGUGUCCAUGAUGCAUUAAUAUAAUCAUACAUUUUAAAGCUUUUAUAUCCUUGUGACUAAGUGUCUUACUACUUUAGUAAACGUCAUCCAGAGAGUUUGAUUAAUUCUAUGAUCCCAUAGGUAACAAGUUGCCAGCUCUUGACUGAACUGUCAGCCUGUGCAUUCUCUUGUUCCUGUGACUACAUUGAGAUGAUCUCAUGUAGAAAACCAGUUUUCCUUAUGUGUCAACUCUGGAUUAGAGUUUUCCUGAGAAACCUGUCUAUAACUCCAUAGUUUUUCUUUUUGAAAGUUGUUCUUAGACACUACAUUGCUAUCAAGAUUGGAGGGGGAACCUCUCUUAAUUGUGUCUGUAGUGCCAUAGGUUUGAAAUGAGCAAGAUGACAGAAGGCUUGGAAUUACAUUAUUGGAAUGGUAGUCCAUGUGCACAUAUACCAUGUUAUGUUGAUACAAUUGAGCAUCUAUAUAAGGGACAUUAUGAACUUAUACUCAGUUUUGUUUUCUCUUCAAACUACUAGACUGCCUGGGUACAGGACGGUUUUUUUUUUCUUGUUUUAUCAAGUCUUUGUUUCCCCAUGACACUAAGCAUUUUGAAAUUUUUUACUGUACAUUUAUUUUUCCUCGUGUUUCUUGACCUAUAGUUUAGAAUUUUUGACUGCCAGGUACUGCUUCUUGUUUUAUUAGAAAAUCUCAUAUCUGAAAAAUUUGUAGUUUUUAAGGAAUUUUGAAAACUAAUAAAAAUAUCCUGAGCACAGAAUGCUAGAUCCAACAUUAUACAUAAACAGUUGCUCUGAGGGAGAAGCCAAAAUUAAAACACAGUAUUCUAUGGAGGUGGAAAUACAAAUGGCCCAAUUUAGAUUCCCAUGCAUUCCUUCACUAAAAGACCAGUCCUUACUGACCAGUAUUUGAUUGAGAAUUUCUGUAGGAAAAUAUGGGAAUGAGUCAAGUGUUCUAAGAAUAGCAUUAAAAGUAGCCUAAUGGUGGAUGAUUUGAAUGACUUUAACAGGGGAAGGGCAAUUUCGAAAGGAAAAUCAUGGAGGCCAAUAGGACUAAGAGUUUAGCCUCGUAAUUAGUUUUUGAAAGACAAUAAAGUUAUUUACAUAGACACAGGAUGGUGAAAAUCAUCUGGGAAUUGAUAGGGUUGAACGUAAUUUGGAAACUAUAUUACCUUUUGUGCUUAAUUGAUAGAAAUGACAAAUAGAUUCUUCUGUUGAAACUUACUUGAGCAACCUGAAGUCUUUAUAGAAAACAGGAAUGUGGUAUCACAGAGGGUGGGCUAGAGAAUGUUCAGAACCAAGGGCUGAAAUGAAAAAUAUCUGUGAUCCUCUGCCACUGCUUCUUUUCCUGUUACCUUUGCCAAAUUCCUGUCCUUUUCAGAUUGGAAUUGCAGAAAAUAAUCAUAGAAUUUUGUAACAUAUCUAGGCUUGGGAUGUGUGUUGCUGACCCUCCUUUUAGCUUAUUUGCCUGAACCAGGGAACUAGCUGUCUUUCAGGUUCUUUGAGCCUGUACUUUCAGGCAUCUGCACCUUCCUGGGAUGAAUAUUGAAAGGCCAGAGAGCAUCACUGAAGACUGCAAAAGAGGGAACGAGGAGUGGUGUCCUAUAUAAGGAAGACAUCUAGAGAACAUAGAGGGAAACAGAGGCAAAAGUCCCAGGGAUCUGCUUUUCCAGAAGUCUCUGCCAUCAACCGAGCACAUAUGAAGGUUUUUAAGUGCUUGGUAGUUUUUGAAUCAGCCUCCACCAGUGUAAUAACUGAAUUAUUACAUUUUAAUGUUUGAACACCCAUGAUAAGAGGAUUUCAAACCUCAAUGUGCACAUUUGUUUGUUCACUUAUAACUUUAAUGUUCAAGGAUUUCACAUCUUUUUCAUGACUUUAUUAGCUGUUUUACAAUGAAUGGAUGUGAUGGUUUCCUUUCGAUGGGUAUUUUCCAUGCUCGAGAAUGAAGGUUGCCAUUUAGUAGUUAUAUAGUUUUGUGCUUUAUUAAUAGAGUAGAAUGAGGACACUAUUGUUUUGCUUUAUUUGGGGCUAUUACCUUUAUUUAAAUUAAUGAUAAAAGGGUAUGUGAGCAAUUAAUUGUAAUUUGCGUGCAAUCAUCAGGACAGUUUUCAAAACAAAUGAUUUUCAGGUUCCACAAAUACAUUGACUGACACUAUUUGAUGUGGAACUAUGUGGAACUCUUUCUUGACAAAUGCAGAGAUUAGGAGAACUGGAGACAGAAAUUAAUAGCUGAACAAAUUUUAUAAAACAGAUGUCUUAUAACAACAGAAACACCAUUUGCUGUUCAAAUAACUAAACAUUCAAGACAAAUGCUUUUGUCCACUACUCACUUAUUUGUUGUUGUGUGUUUUGCUUCAAAGACAUCACUUUGAAUCUGAGUCACUGAUUUCCGUGUGUACAGGAAUGGAGGACACAGCUAAUUUGAAAACUCAG